AUGAUUGGUGACAAUAAUUCAACGAUGAAAGACGAUGAAAUCAAUGAUUUGUCUGUAUCUAAUAAUAAAAUAACGAAUAAUGAGUUAUUCAAAUCAGUUAAUAGACGAAAACAAAUUAAGCCAAAUCGUGUUACAAGUGAUGAUGAUGGAAUUCAACAACAAGAGUUAAUUAUCGAUGAAACGACAAAUUUACUUAAUGGUAAUCAAUCGUCACCAGAAGAAUAUAUAUCAAAUAAUAAUAAUAACAAUAAUGUUCGACAACAACAAGAAGCCUUUUGUAAUUUAUGUGAACGUUCAUUUUGUAAUAAAUAUUUUCUUAAAACACAUUAUGCUAAAAAACAUGGAGGAUUUAAUAUAGUAUCACCAUUAUCAUUAACAGAAAAUAAUGAUAAUGUUAAUGUUUCUUUGUCUCCAUCAUCGUCAUGUUUAUCAAAUGAACAACCAUUACCUUUAAUUAGUAGUCAACAAGCCUCACCUAUCAAUAAUAAUAAUAAUAAUAAUAAUAAAACAAUCGAAAAGAAAAGUGAAGAUUAUUGCGAGAUUUGCCAAAAACAUUUUUGUAAUAAAUAUUAUCUUCGUAAACAUAAAGGUGAAUGUCAUGGUGUCUAUACUGAUUAUAUUAAAUCUUUACAAAAAAGUACCAAUGAAACUCCGACCAAAACUACUUCAAAUCGACCAUCACCAUCUAUUCAAACUCCAUCGAAUCCUUCGAAUACACUUUUAUUAAAUCCAUUUUAUCCUGGACCAUCAGAUAUAAAAAGUCUAUUUCCUAUUCCAUCAUCACCAAAUAUAAGUAUGAAAUCAUCAUCACCAAAAUUAUCUCCUCAACGACCAAUUCGUCGUUGUAAUAUAUGUGAACAAGAAUUUCGUAAUAAAUCUCUAUUUCGUAUGCAUAUGAAUACAUUUCAUCCAAAUGAAAAAAAUAAAAAAAUUUUAUCAGCAUCUUCUCCAAUUGCGUCAUCAAAUAAUCUCGGAUUUUUAUCACCAUUUGUUGAUACAAGUAGUCAACUUGCUCAAAAACUUGUUACUGGUCAAACAUCUCAAGCAUCAUAUGGAAUUGUUAAUGAUUCAUAUUUUUGUGCUAAAAUGGCUGAUAGAGUUGUUUGUGAAAUAUGUAAUAAACAAGUUUGUAAUAAAUAUUUUCUUAAAACUCAUAAAGCAAAAGUACAUGGUAUAAAAACUAAUGAUAUACAAGAGCAAAUUAAUGAAAAUAUUGAUAAUUCAGAUACAUAUUGUUCAUUAUGUAAAAAAGAUUUUUCAACAAAAUAUUUAUAUUUAUUUCAUAUGCAAACAAUACAUAGUGAUACAUCCGAUCCAACAUAUCAAACAUUCAUUGAAUUAAUGCAACGAGCUGCAGCUAUAAAUGAAAAUUCAAAUCCAUUUUUAUCACUUGUUAAUACAGAACAGUUAGAAGAUGAAGCUGAUGGUAAUGAUGAUAAAUUAAAACGUAAAAGAAGUUUAAGUCAAACAUCAACUAAUAAUAAUAAUAAUAAUAAUAAACCAACGAAACGUUUUAAUUCUUUAACAGAUACAAAUGCUGGUUUACAACCAUUUUUACUUGAAAGUGAAGAUCCAAAAUUUUCACAUACAUUUGUACCAUGUAUGGUUUAUUUACCUGUUACGCGACGAGUCACAAAACAAGUCAAAAUUAAUUUAAAAUUAAAACCUGUUUUAGCUGAUGCUUCUUCAUGA